CUCGUCCCUACAUGGCUCCGCAGAACUUUGAGCCUUGAUCUAGCAGAUGCACUAGUUCUCCUGUCCCUUAAUUCAUUGGGUAUUGCUGCCAAUGAUCUUGGAGUAAUCGCACCGUAUCGCAGUCAGGUUACAUGCAUUCGACGACAUCUGAACUCUGAUCAUGGUUGCACUUAUUUUGAGAGCGCCUCUGUCAAGCUGCCUUCGAAAAUAGUUGAAGUGAACACAAUUGACCAGUUCCAGGGCCGCGAUAAGCAAGUUAUUAUUGUGUCUACAGUUCACUGUCCUCGUACUUCAAAUCUUUCGGAUUUUUAA